CUGUAUAUACGAAAGAAGGAAGAAGCUCUUAACAGUAUCGAUUUCGUUUGUUUCUUCUGUAAAAAAAUUUCAAUCUGAAACACUCGUUGCAACCUUAGUAGAAGAAGUAGCUCUCGUCGACGUUUGGGUUUUUAGGGUUUCGUUAACGAUUUGAAUUUUACUUUGUUGAUUUGAUCGGAUCGAUUGCGAUUACGGAAGAGAGGAAGAAGAAGAAGAAGAUAUGGCUCAGGCUGUAGAAGAAUGGUAUAAACAGAUGCCGAUUAUCACUCGCUCGUAUCUCACGGCGGCUGUUAUCACCACCGUCGGAUGUUCGCUUGAUAUUAUAUCUCCAUAUAACCUCUACCUGAAUCCUACCCUUGUGGUGAAGCAAUACCAAUAUUGGCGUCUCGUUACAAAUUUCUUGUAUUUCCGGAAGAUGGAUUUGGACUUCAUGUUCCAUAUGUUCUUUCUUGCGCGAUACUGCAAACUCCUUGAAGAAAACUCAUUCAGGGGAAAGACUGCUGAUUUCCUAUAUAUGCUCUUAUUUGGAGCAUCUGUUUUAACUGGCAUUGUUCUUAUCGGCGGAAUGAUACCAUACUUGUCUGCAUCAUUUGCUAAAAUCAUCUUUCUCAGCAACUCAUUGACUUUUAUGAUGGUCUAUGUAUGGAGCAAACAAAAUCCUUAUAUUCACAUGAGUUUCCUUGGUCUGUUCACGUUCACUGCAGCUUACCUACCGUGGGUGCUUCUUGGGUUCUCUAUCCUUGUUGGUGCCAGUGCCUGGGUGGAUCUUCUGGGUAUGAUAGCUGGUCAUGCGUACUACUUUCUGGCAGAGGUUUACCCGCGAAUGACUAAUCGUCAUCCUCUAAAGACUCCAUCAUUCCUCAAAGCCCUAUUUGCAGAUGAACCAGUUGUGGUUGCACGGCCUGAAAACGUGAGGUUUGCUGCUGCACCUUUCGAUGAGAUCCACCAAGAUUGAUCCUGAUCUUACUUUUUCCAAACCAGAGCACCAAAGCUCGGCUUGCUGGUCAGAUAUAAAUGGUAAAAAGGCAGAUGAUACUCAGUCUAUUGACUCUGACACGUUACUUGUUACCCACACACCCUAGUUUCUAGUAGUUGGGUGUGUUUUGGUUACUUCUCUUUUCUCCCAUCUCUUUAUCUUGUUGUGUAUACAAAUUUGCUACGCUCUUAGUGGUUAUGAAUAUGGACACUCAAAUUGUACACAGCCCCCAAGAAAUUUCGUAAUGUUUCAUGUCAAAGUUCUUUGUCUACUAAAUUCACCUA